AUGACGAGCUGCUUGAGUAGUGCCAGAAAGAACACUAUCUUUAAGAACUAUUUCAGCAUACUAGGACAACAGACUGACAGUUCUCCAGGAUUAAACAAGCAUUUCCUGCAGGAGCAAGGAACCAAAACAACAGAAACUAAAAAUGAAGUGAUUGUUUCCGAACGAUCAAGUAGAGCUAAACCGUUGGAAAUACUAAUACAUGUGAAGUUGAGUCUUGGAACCAUUAUAGAAGUUAGCAUUGACUCAGUCAUCUUACAUAGCAAAUAUGAAUACGUGGCUAAAGUUGAGUCUUCUCGCCAUUACAGAGCUUCACAACUCUAUUUGUGCGGGAAUCUCGCUGAUGAUGGCUGCAUUGAAGAAGAGAGGCAUGCUCUUUUAAAGUUCAGAGACAGCUUUGACAAUUACUCAAGGGAUGUUCUUGCAUGGGAAGGCAAAGAAUGCUGCAAAUGGAAAGGAGUCAAAUGUGAUGGCAUCAUUGGGCAUGUGGUCAAGAUUGAUCUCAGCCCAAUAACAAAUCCCAUGUUUUUCUCCUAUAGCAAUUCUUAUGGGUUUGUGAACUCCUCCACAAUUCCUUUCAAGGUUCAAGUCUUGAAUCUUAGGGCAAAUAGUCUUGAUGCCAUACCCAAAGCUUUGCAAAACAUGACAUCCCUUAGAUCCAUUGACCUUUCGCACAAUAUUAUUGACUUUGUUCCAUUAUGGUUUGGAAAGUUCAAGUUUCUAGCUCAUUUAAAUCUAUCAAGGAAUAGCAUUUCAGGUUUAUUCCCCACUGCUAUUCAAAACCUGUCAACCCUUACAUCCCUUGACAUUUCUGACAACAAUCUUGACUCAGUUCCAUUAUGGCUAGGAGAGUUCACAUUUCUAGCCCAUUUGAAUCUAGCAAGGCAUAAACUCCUAGAAUCUUUGAACCUGAGCAACAAUGGUUUGCUUGGAGAGCUUCCAUCAACCUUGUCAUCUUGGCACUUGUUGGAGAUUUUGGAUCUUGGCAAUAAUCAACUACAUGGCAAUAUACCUUCAACUUUUUGGGAAGGUACUACUAGGCUGAAAAUUCCUUUUUGCAUUGGGAAUCUUAAGGGAAUGAUGAUAAAUAAAGCAUCAAAUAAAGGAUCCAAGGUAGAUGAAGCUUUUGAACCUAUAGUUGCUCCUACAUCCCCACCUGCACCACCAGCAACUCCACCUUUUGAUCAAUGGGAAAGAGAAGAUGUCAAGCAAUUCAUGAAAGGAAGAGAACUUAACUUCACAAAAAAUCUCAAGUUUGUAAUUAAUAUGGACUUGUCAAACAACAAUCUAGUUGGCUUUAUACCAGAAGUUCUAACUUCUCUCACUGGAUUAGACAGCUUGAAUUUAUCACACAACUCUUUAUCAGGAGAAAUCCCAAGCAAAAUAGGGAAAAUGAAGUUUCUAGAAUCCCUAGACCUCUCAUGGAACCAACUUGAAGGCCCACUUUCAAGUAGCAUGUCUUCUUUGACAUCAUUGAGCCACUUGAAUUUGUCAUACAACAACUUUUUAGGGCCAAUUCCAAAGGGAAACCAAUUCUUCACUCUUGAGGAUUCAUCCAUUUAUAUUGGAAAUCAAUAUCUCUGUGGAGAACUUGUGCUGAAAAAAUGCAACCGUGAUGACAAUAAUGAAGCUCCAACUUAUGAAGGCAAAGACGAUGACAACAAAAAAGAAAAGAUCAUGUUUUACUUUGUUGUUGCCCUUGGUUUCAUGACAGGAUUCUGGGGAGCAAUUGGAGUCCUAGUGUUCAACAAGAGUUUAAGGUAUAUUUGCUUUAGAUAUGUGGAGAAAAUAGCUGAUGAAAUAUAUGUAGCAGUAGCAAUAAGAGUUGCAAGGAUCAAGAGAAUAUGGUAG